AUGGACCCAAGUCCAGAGACCCUUGACCGACGUGCUCGUAUUCGGGAGAACCAGCGCAAGAGCCGCGCUCGCAGGCAGGAGUACAUCCAGGAACUCGAGCACCAGGUCGCCCAGUGCAAGGAACAGGCCCAGCAGAGUGACAUUGACCACCGGAUUACCGUCCAGAAACUGCAAGCGGAAAACCGCCAGCUCAAAGACCUGUUGGCCUCGCUGGGCUACUCGCCGGCCGCGGUCGAGCAGUGUCUGCAGCAAGCCGCCCCCGCCCCGGUGCUGGAUCGGAAAAUUGCCAUCCCUGCUCUACCGCGAUCAACACACUCCGCCAGCCCGGUGUCAUCAACUGCAGUGCCAAGUGCCAGCGAGAGCAGCCAUGACGAUUCUCUCAAAAGCCCAGAGAACCCGUCGUUAUGCAGAUGUCCCAUCACAGGGCAAGACGUUGAUACCCUGCCCUCCGAUCAGGACCAGCUCGGUUCGACUCUAUGCAGCAUUGCCGAAGAGCUGAUUCACCAAUACAACACCCGCGGCACCGAUCUCGACGAGAUCCGCCGCCAUCUCUCUGCUGGCUUCCGAAAGGGCAUGGCCGGCGAUGGCUGCAGCGUGAGGAAUCAAAUCCUCUUCCAGGUGCUCGAUGAAAUCAGCAACGGUAUCUGA